AUGAAUCUUCAACAGCAAAGGUGGGGCUCCCAGCCCGGCAUCGUGCGAUCCGAGUUCCCCCCUCCGCCGAGCGAGGCGGCCGUGGCCCCGCUCGUUCGCCUGGGCAUCGGCGCCGGGCUGUUCGAGCUUGACAGGCGGCUGGGGGAGGCGGCGGACGACGGGAAGGCCGGCGGGGAUGGGAGCGCGGUGCACGAGGCCCGGGAAGCGCUGGUCCAGGCCGCCACGCGGCUGCGGGAUCGCGGGACGGGUUCACUGGACGCGUUCCUGGCCACGUUGGCGGCAGUCAGCUGGGCGCCCCCGCCGGUGCAGUGUCCACAGGGUCAGGGAGUCUUCCUGGAACUUCUCGAGGAGGCGGAGGAAUGCCAGGAUAUGCUCCGCAUGCAGAUGGACAGUGGGGAGGGGAUGGAAGAGAUGUACUCUUGCGUCUGCAACGUGCUGCGCCAGCUGCUGGAGGUUGUCACCGAUCAGCUGGACGAGUCGAUGGUGGUGUCUGCAGUGUCUCCAAGAGGCAACACCAGCCACGACACUUUACGCCUGGCCGUGCAGUUCCUGCUACUCCUGGUGCAGACCUUGCCCCAGGAGGACGUGCUGUACAGCGUGGUGCGCCUGCUGUUUGGCGGGGAGCUCUUCUUGGACUUCAGAAGCAGCGACCUGCAGGCAAGGGCCAUCCUGCUGUGUGGGGCGUUCAGGCUGCUGGAUGCGAUGCGCCAGCGGGGGAUGGACGUCACCGAAGUGGCCAAGAGCAUCAAUGACCUGCUGGGGGCACUCAUCGACGAGCAUGAACGCAUCGCAGCUGUUCUGAGGUCCCCGAUUCACUGCAGGGCCAAUCCUCUUAACGCUAGCGACCUGCCAUGGCGUCCCCACUGGUUCCCUCUGUACGAUGAGUACCUCACCUUCCUCAACACCAUGCAGAGGGGUGACCAAGACCUCAUCGUCCUUGUGCUCAUGCACAUGCAGCGUGUGCUGUGUUCGCUGUCUCCUGCUGCUCGCCAGGGUGGCGGUGAGCUGGUUUUCAUUGGCCAGCCACUGAUGAAGCUGCUCCAGAUGAACACGACCUUUGAACCGGUUGUUCAGUCCAAUGCUCUGGCAGUCCUCAAUAUCCGACUGUCCACCGCCAUGGCCACGCACAGCGAAAAUUCCUCCUUAUUCAAGCGCCAUCUGGCCACCAGGUUCACUCCUGAAGUGCUGCAGACCCUGGAAGCCCUUGUUGUGAUGCACUUCCCUGGCCGGACGGGCAGACAAGGUGACUGCGAUGAUGCCUCCAAGCCCGCAUCCAGGGACAGUCAGAUCAUCUCGAUGAAGAUCGAAGUCCUGUCACGGGCGGUGGCCCUCAUCGUCCAGACAGGGGGGGCCUCAUACUCAUUUGUAGAGCAGCAAGCAUUCAAGCCCUAUGGCUGCGAUGCAUUCUGGGAGAAUGCCAGCGUUGGCCAGCGCUGUUUUGCGCUUCUCUUUCUGGCGGGUGUGCUCGAACACCUGCCACAAGAGGCUGUGCCUGCCACUGCCACACCAGACCUGCUCCGCAUAUGGCUGAAGUCGUCGUUUGAUUUUGGAGGACAGCUUUGCUUUGCACAUUUCACCGCUGUCCUGGCAAUGCAGCCAUGUACUGCAGGCGCCUUUGAGGGGGUGAGGGUCCUGGAGGAGCUGCUGGGAGAUGGGUGCAUGGAGGCCCGUCGAGGUUUAUUAGAAAGAGUGGCUGCCCAGCUAAGGAGCAGCGAGGCGAUGGGGGGCCAUCUGCCUUUGCUGUGUGACCGACUCGACAAGGUCAUAUCUGCUCGUGACAGGGAGCUCAGACAGAACAGCACACCAACCACCAUCCUGCGCCGCCACCAUUGGCACCAACAGGCAACGGGCAUGCUGCUGUCUCUGCUGAGGGAAGGGGGGCCUAGCCGUGCCUUCUCCAGCCCAUCGCGCCCCCCUUUUGUGCAGCCCACUCAGGGGCUCGAAUUUCUGGGGUGCUGUGCUCAUUGGGUGUAUGAAAGCAUAAGGUUCCUGGAGGACGAAUAUUUCAGGCUUGGGCCCCAAGGGGCACAGAACACCCUGGGGCCAUUCACAAAUGUGCGGAAGGUGCUUGAGGAGAGAGCAACAGCACAUGUCACAAGGCUGUUUGCAGCCAUCAUCAAUAUGGGUGCGCCGGAGGCUCUCCCUCAGAGCCAACCCCUCCUCCGCCCCCUCCAAAUACUGCUCUCCUCAUGCAUGGAAGUCCCGAUGGCAGCUUGGGGCAUCAACCCAGUGGACUCUGCCAUCUUCGAGGCAUUUGCCACUGCCCUGGAUCCCGACGUGCUCUCCAAUGUCCUCGGCGAUGCGGGGGGCAGUCACGGAUGGGGACAGUACAUGGUUGGCAGCGGUUGUGCAGAGGGUCACUCUGGCCGGGAGGAGGAAGAUCCUGGGGGCCAUGCAGUGGGACUGCUGCAUUUCAUUUUGAGGUCUUUUGUGUGGCACUUUCUGGAUCGGACAGCCUAUGGCACGGCAAGUGCGGACAGGGUGGGGGUGAACACUCUGCAGUUCCUAAAAAUGUUGCUCUCCACACCCGGACUGCAGAACAUACGGCUCCUUGAGAUGUUUUUGCCAUGCAUGUUGGGUGGCGUCAUGCGGGUCAUAAGACCAGAACACAGGCUGGACCCAUCCAGAAGUUGCAAGAUCGCCGCCUAUGACCUGCUCACGCACCUGUUCCAGCAGCAUCCAGACCUCAUCGGGCCACCCCCAACUCGUGUGAACGAUCUGGAAAUAUCUGGGAGUGUUUCUCUAAGAAAUGGCCCCUUGCAGACGGCAGCGCUUCCAAGCAAGGAGAGUCUGAGCAAGGCUUUGAGCCUUGUCUUGUCUGUCUGCCUGAGGGACCUGCUGGGUUGCAUACGCGACACGAUGACGGACGAAUUUCGAAUCGCAGCUGACAGGAUGGAGCGGAGUACAUCCCUGCUGAACGAAUUCAAGCCACUACAAUCUCAGGAUGGUGGACGUAUACAGGCUUCCCUCAUGGUCCUCUUCGGCCAACCGCCUCAGACACAGCAUGUCGAGAAGAUCCUUCGGACGAGCCCAGUCAUCGUCCCCAACGUCACCCAAUCCCGUGCACCCGAGCACGGUACGCGCCUGCACUUGGCGAAGCAGGCGCUUGGGUUGUUGGACUGCAUUGUUAGGGAGACUCCUGACGGUGCAUCGUGGGGUCUACGUGCCAUUCCUCCUCUGAGAGAUCUGCUUUCAACUGGGAGCCAGCCUGUGGCAAGGCUGCGCGACAUGUACGAACGCAUACUGCGCAGUCUGGCCUCGCAUGGCAUGGCAGUUGACGAGUUCAAAUUGGCGGUUACUGAUGGCGCUCCGCCCAACUCCAUUACCCACCCUUCGGGAGCAUCACCACCACUUGGAAACUUGGGCAACAAUUUGGUGCAGCCAGUCGUGGAACUUGCCAGGCUCGCACACCCAAUGGGAGAGUUAUUGCAUGGAAACAGAAUGGACACAGGGGCUGUCGCUAGUGGACAGCAGAGCCCCUUGGCACCGACACGUCCCUUUGGGGUGGGGAGUGGAACUGCACGAUCCGUGAGACCCCACAUCAGGGCCCAGUUCGGGAAUUUGGACUGCAACCAGCUGGCAUCGCCAGCCCAUCAAUCCGCUGGAGGGCAAGAGCUCGUGGGGGAGUUCCAAUCGCAGGCGGUGGCUGAAUCCGCCACGCCAGCAUACAGUGGGCACACGCUGCAGCAAGUCGGUCCGGCCAGGGAACCAAGCCAGUCGCAGCAGACGUGGGGACUGUCUGACUGGCGCGCUGGUAGGAUGCCGAUGCUGGACGGGCAGGGGCACGCCGGCAGGCACUUGGACGUAAGGGUCAAGGAGGAGGAUGGUGUGCAGCAAGUGGGAAGACAUGGUACUCCCAUGGCAGGGAUAGCAACAGCAGGGUCUUCGGCACAGGGGACCCAGCAGGGUGACCUCCCAACUGUCAAGGGCCGUGUCAUGAGCCAUCAGGAAAAGCGAUCCAAGUCCAGGCAAACGGGUCGCGAACUCAAAGGUCUGUUGGUUGAUGUUGAAGACUCCAUGGGUGCCAGGGCCAGACUGCUUCUGUAUGGUGGGCUGCAUUCAAGGUUGCUCAACACCCUGACACACUCAGUGUCUCCAUUGUCAGUCUCGUGCACCCACAUGAGGCCACUGAAUCCCAGCCAGUCUCGCAGUUCGGUGGCCAUCUUCACCAACACAGACACAACCCAAAUGUCGGUAACUUUCGUUGGCUGA